AUGUUUUUGAAUGUUUCUAAACAUGUUUAUGUUUUUGAAUGUUUCUCUAAACGUUAUGAAUGUUUCUCAAAUCAAGUCCCUGAACAGUGCAAUAAUCGUAGAGAAGACGGGUGUGGAGGGUUCGGUUCAUGUCUUUAUUGCGAUGCCUGUCAAACACUCGAAACAAACAAAGAACUCAAAGCACAACUUCUACUAGAUGGAAAGCCUUUAAGUUGUGGGGAAGGAGUUAAACCUGGGAUAUAUGAAAAUAUGGAAUUGGCUUUUUGUCUUCCAAAUGCAGAUGAAAUGUUGAAAAGUCAGGGAUUGACUAAAGAAACAUUUAAGAGUUUAAUACAAUCUGAGGAUGGAGGAAACAAUGUUCAUUCACUUGGUGUUUUUGCUACAAUUUAUGUUUUUGAUAGGGAUGUAAGGAAAUUAAUGCAAACACAACAAAAAGUUGAGAAUGUUUACAGAAAGUCUAAAAAAUCGCUUUUUAAAGAUGAACCUCUCCCUCCCGACGUUUAUUGGUCACUACCUUUUAAUAGUUUAAUUAAAGAACAGAGAGCAUUUGUUGUUUGUCACAAAAUAUUUGGAAAUGUACAGAUACGUACACAACCAAUAUCUUAA